GAUAGGUGAGACCAGUGCAUGUGAGGCAGAAGAGUUUGUCCAAAUCAAAUAGUGGUUCUCCAUCAUCAAUGGCAUCCCCAAAGCAUCGCCAUUCACGCACAGCUUCAACUGGCAUUGCAAAUAUGAAAAGACCGCAGAAUACAAAAGCCGCUGCUCAGAGGCUAGCUCAGGUUAUGGCUCAUCAAUCAGCUGAUGAUGAUGAAGAGGAGGAUGACCUUAUGUAUGACUACAGCCCUGGAAUUCCGUCUGCUGGCAUAGGACUUGCAGGUGGAAGGCCAAAUAGUCGCCGAUCGACAAUGUAUAGAUUUGGUUUUUACGACUAUAUAUUAGAGCAUGGGUAUGGUAUAAUGAUAAUCACCUUCCCUCAUCACGAAAGUUGA